GCGAUCCCAGAAUAUUCCAUUGAUGAACAUGAUAUUCGUAUUAACUUUAACACUUAUAUAUUAUUAGUCCUCUCUUUAUUCUUUCUUAUAGUUAUUGCAUUCAAUCUUCCGAUUCUGGGUUAUGGUCAGAAGGCUGUAAGAAUGUGGCGAUUGAAAUUAGAAUCAAAAUCUAAGUAUAAUAUCAAAGCUUAUAAAUAAUCUUGUUGUAACUAUUCAGUUUUCAUUUGCGUACAAAAUUGCAAGCACUACGAAUCCGACGUCAUAGAAUAGGUAACAAAUACUGCAUAGGGUCUUUAUUACUCUGAAAUGUUUUAUUUAUUUCUACAAUGUUGUGUAUGGUGCGUCAACGUUAAGGCUGAAAAAUUGAUCUUAAAACUGGUCCAAAUAAUCAUCAUCAAGGUCUCCUAUCAAUUUAUCGAUUGAGAGUUGUUCCAUUAAAAUGCCGAGCAAGGUAGAAUUAGGAAUUUAUGAGGUAAACUCUAAAUAUAUUGAAGAUUUGUCUUCAAAUGGUAUACCGCAUACUACAAUAAUCGUGUUCAAUAGAGAGUUUGAGUUCAGUAGUCAGGGGCUAACUUCAAUAAUACCAGCUGGUACUUCUUUUAAAGGUUUACCGAAUAAAGUGAUAAAUAUGGGUGUAACUGAAAUAGAUGAAGAAACAUUUAAAGAUUAUCUGGAAGGAUUACGGAAUGAUUUUCAUGCCAGUAGAUUUAAUAAGUACAGUUAUAAUGGAAAUAAAUUUAGCGAGAAAACAUUAGAAUUUCUGAAUGGAUCACCAUUUCCAGCCUUUUUAAAGCAAAUACAGUUAGAUCCUCUCGGUGUCGGAUUUAAUGUCAAUAUGAAUCAACCAACUCAAAAUGUGAUAUACAAUCCAACAAAUUUAGGAGUAUCAAGCUACAAUUCAGUAAAUAAUUUGCCACCAUACCCAACAAUCAAUAUCAUAAGUUUAGAUAUGUUAAGAUCCGUGAUUACAACAAAUUAUAAAUCAAUUUUAAUGACAGUUUCACCUUAUACGACCUAUAGCUCCAAUGAAUUAGAAUUAUCGAAAGCAUUUUAUGAAUUAAGUAUAGAACGAGGUCAACCAGGUAGAAACGUUGGAUUUAUGAGAUUAGAUUUAAAGUUAAACAAAGAUAUUGCACAGAUGCUUGGUUUAAACGAUCUAACUCCAACGAGUUUUGUUGUAUUUAAGAAUGGUGCAGUCUUGAAUAUUUGGCAAGAUAAUAAUGUUCUAAAUACCAUGAAUGCAUUAAAAGAUUUUUUAAAUAAUUAAUUUUUUAUUCAAA